AGUGCCAGACGUCGAGCUGGUUGAAAGGAAGAAGCGGCACUGCGCGUGCGCUGACGAUGUAGGUUUCUCGAGAAACAAGUAGCGCCGAUUCGAGGCUACAGAACACUGAAGACGAGGCUCUGGCCUGCAAGUAAGAACAAAGGUCUGGUGUGUGAGGAGCAUAACGCCUCAAGUACUAUUGGACUUCAUCGGCCACCCUCUUCUUGAACCUUUACUGCUUAUCUCCUCUUUUCCGUCCACGUUUGGUAUUUGCAGACACAUCAGUCUUGCGGCAAACAACAAUGAAGGUUAUCCUCAUCCUCGUCUAUACAUUGAUGGUCAUGUCUGGACGUUCAUGUCUUGCAACUGCCUUCCUAGCAAACAAGAAUUUCCAUGAGGCCAAAAUGCGUGCAGAGGACCAGCUUCCGGAAUGGAGGGACCCCGACUUCGCUGCAAAAGCAGAGGACGAGUCGGAAAAAGGUCGAAGGUCAGAGCCCAUGCUGCACGUCAUGAGAGCGAUCAACCUUCACCCUGUGCUGUCUACUGCUCACGAGCUUCUGGCUUCUUCCAAGACGGAGAAGCGCCAAAAGUACAGAAACCUGCUGUCUAUUCUCCUGGAGCUGGAUGCAAGAGACAGCCAAUCACAGACUCCGGAGCUCCAGCAAACUCAGGACAGCCAAGACUACGAGGAGCCGAGUCUGGACAUCAGGGGAAAAAGCCAUUCCAUGGCAAACGAGGAGGCUUUCCCCCUUGCUCUGUUCUUGGCCUUCCUCCAAUUCUGGGUCUUCCUCUCAGUGGCUGCUUGACAGUGGCUAACUCUGUCAUCAACCAUCCAGACAUUAGAUCAGCCUCCGACUCGACCAGCAAAUCCAGACACCAAUGGCCUUCGAUGUAUCUCCUUGGAGGAGCCGUCGGUCGUUAAGAAGAGGUCUUGACAGUCGCAGUACAUAAAACUGCGGGGCCAUAGCAACAUACACACGAUUGCUACUGUUCUCAGUUGUAAACUGUUUCACCCAACUUUAAAAAUUAAUGCUGCGUGUAGGAGGAUUCAAAUGACAAAGUCAAAGACAUUCAGACUCAAGUAGCAAAACUUCAAACUGUUCACCCACAGAGGAUGAGACACAUGGAGUAGAACAUUACAUGUCAGAGUGGCACUCUGAGUUUUCUGCUCUGCUAUGGUCAAGCUUCUUAAGUUAAUAAACUCCAGGGAACCAUUUGAACAACACAUUUGUAAUUUUAAACAUGUUUAGGCCUUACUUCUAUUUCGAUAAACAUUUUUUAUAGAAGCACAUUACACAACACACUUUUAGAAUUUAUUUUAACUAAAAUUGUUUUAAAUAGGACAUGAUAGUUUAAGUCAUACCUUCGUAUGCACUUGUGCAACGUAUUUAAAAUGGCAUAGGAGGGACUUUUGACAAAAUUUUCUAAAUUUGUUUUUUUAAAGAACAGCUUUAAGUUUUGAAAACCUGUUGUGCAAGUAACCCCAGAGUUCUACUGAGCUUUGGAAUGUGUCUCCGUUAUUAUUCGACAGUCGAGUCAAGAUUGUUGCAAGUAUUUAUUUUGAAUUUUAAGACGAUAUCGUACAAGAUAUACAUUAUUAACUACCUUUUUCUUUUCUUUUUAUUAAAAACCUGAGAAAUAUGGAAAACAUUCUUUAGGUGCUCUUCCUAAAAAAUCAAAUUUCAAUCUGUAGUAGCGAUUUCAACGGAAGCGAAAACAGUCCUCAUCAGAAGAUAUACAUUGAGCACAUGCACAAGACAAACACCACAAUAAUUACAGUGAAGAUUAUUUACACUCACAAGACAAACACAAUAAUAAUCACCAUGGAGAUUAAUUACACUUAUGCACGAUAAUACACUGACACAUAUAUGAGAUAUUUAUGCUUCAGUCAACAUAUAUCAGUGUGUUAACUAUUGACAGUAUACAGGAGAUAAAAUAAACAGAAGACUAAGAGGUUUCAACACAUUAAUGAUGAAGUAUUCUCGAAUACGCAGUCAGCGUCUGCUUUUGGCUUUCAACGGACGAAACAGUUAUCUUUUCUUUUCAGUGGAACUGAGUUGUGGAGCUCUUUGUCCACAACUACACACCUUCAAGCUACAGACGUUUUCCUCGCUCUGUCUGUCUCUCUCUAUCUUUAUCAGUUUCCCCUUCUCUGUCUCGCUCGUUUGAAUUGCAUAUAUGUAAUUAUGAAAUCUGAACAAGAAGAGGGAUAAAAAAAAUAAAUAUCUGGAAGCCGACAACACCGAUUAACAAAGUCUGGCUGGCAUUAUUUUGUGCACGAUUACAGAAAGUAAGUGGUCCUGUGUUUUUGCCAUUUAAUAUCAGCACAACCCAUCAUUUUCUCCGUGCUGCAAUACAAACUACAUGUCCCGGGCGUGACAGCUCGUUGUCUGACAUUUUUUAAAUAAAUACAACACAAUUUCAUUCCUUCACAUUGCCUGGUAAAUCUACUUGCGCCAUAUUGGUUGGAGCGGACAUUAGCGAGCCCUACACUAUGAGUUUACAGGAGACAGUGUGCACGUGGGCUCAGCCAGGUGUCUUCUGACUGCCAGAUAAUGCAGAUGCUACCUGCCUCUGACACAUCCUCCAUAUUCAGACCUCAUUCAACUGUCGUUUAUCUUCAGCUAUUCUUGCUUUGAUCCGACCACCAAGCUUCAAACUUAGUUGGACUGGUCAAAAGUAAUGCUCACAUUUUUUUUAGUUGUCUCGAUGUAUAGACAAAAGCACAUUGUGCUGAAUGCAAUGCUGUUAGUUUAGUAAUAAAUACUGUUCCUUACACAAACAAACCUGUAUGUCACCAAGUAAAACUCACAAUCCCCCAAGAUGAAUGUUGCCGAUGUUAUAAUGUCCAAUGUCCUCUGUGUUUGCUGGAGUAAAGAUCU